CGUAAACGUUGGUGGUACGGGCGUUCGUCCGAACUCGCGUUUAUACCGGAACCCGUGUAAUUGUAUAAAUUUAACGUUCUGAAAUGAUCGCGCGACAGUAGUUUAACGGAAUUUACGUCCGCGGCAUCGCACAACGGCUUUAGUUUACAUUCCGGACCUCCGUACCCGGACGGACAACGAAACGCCAUGUCGGAAUUUAUGCCGGUCACCGAAAACCCGUCAGACGUAUACGUCACGACACCAUUGUGUACGGGAGACGAAGGCGUGCGUGCGUUGUUGACGAAAAAUCCGGUCGCGGUGGACGUCGGUACGAGUCACCGGGUCUUGUGCGAACGAGAUCUCGUGUUCGAUCGACAGAAUCGACGUAACUGCGAUGAUGUUGCUACUUUUACGGUCGAAGAUCGAGGCGCCGUUAAAACGAAACUGUCUUUGUCGUACGACGUACGUAUAACGUCGAAACUGUACGAGAAACUAGCGCCACGUUCCAAAAUCGUGUUUCCGCACGCCAACGAACGCGAGUAUUCGUCGAAAAUCAAAUUGCGCGGAUUGCGGUUACCGUCCGAUUUCGAGUUCAUCUAUCGGUUUCAACGUCAGUAUUACGUGUUUAUCGAAAACUUUAUUGGGUACGAUUCGGACACCGACCGUUUGGUUUUCGACGUCGACCCGACGGGGCACGCCGCGUUCGACGGUCUAUCCGAUUUUGAAAUCGUGUUUCGUUUGGAUCGCGCUCACGAUACCGGGCGCGUUUCGAUGACAUCGAAAGUACGACUUUUUCACGAAAAGGUGCACUCGUCUCGUUUGAAAACCGUUCGUUGUUCCGUAGCGCACGAAAACGAAAUGAACGGUUGUUUCGAGUUCAUCGAGACUUUGGACAUUCGCAGAUUUGCGAAAAAGAUUUGCAAUGUUUACGCGUAUUUUAUACGAAUCGGUCGUGACGGAGAAUUUUACACGGUACGCGUGGCUUUUCGUAUGAAAACGUGCGCAGACGGUUCCGAGAGCGACCACUGUGAAAUCGACGUCGAAUGCGAAGACGACGUCCAAUACGGGUUUUUCGAGCGUGUGUGCGAAUGCAUAUUUGCAUAUUUUACAUGGCAGUACGCCGAAUACGACGGACGCGUUGUAGACGUAACGUUUGGCGGAUCCGUAUGGAAAUCGUAUAGGUCGCGUGCACGCGUCGACGUAGGUGUGUUGGAUUGUUUGGAGAACGCGCAAUGCGUUUCGUCGUCUAAUCAAGAGUAUGGUGGUUGCGGUACGGAUCACGAGACCUCUGUCUACGACGAUUUUGUGAAUUUUAUAAUAAUAAAAAAAAUGUAUAAUUACGAUGAUACGAUCAAAAGUUAUAUAGAUACGCAUUUUGAACGUUUGCGUCCGUUUCUUUUGAACGUUGUGAAAAUGUAACGCACACUCUUAUUUAGUUGUAGUUUUAAUUAUCAUUAUAUCUGUUGGUAUGAUAUACACACACGAUUUGUAUAUUUGUAUAAAAUGAAAUAUAUCAUACAAUUGUUUAUCGUAAUUUUAA